CGGAUCUGCUGUUUGCGAGGCGGCUGAGGGAGGCGGGGCUGCCGCUGUCCGUGGUGGACCCCGCGCUGCCGGACCUGGGGGGCUCCGAAACCGCGGAGGGCGACCCUCGUGAGGACGGCGGCGCCUCCGAGGCCGUACUCGCCGCCACGCGCCCCCGCUCCGAGCUCUCCUACCCCGGGGUCUACCGCUCCGUGUGCGUCACCCUGCGCCUUCACCACCUGGCAGUGGCGGCGGUGGAGGCGGCGGAGGCGCUUGCAGAACUGGAGGGAGCAGCCAGCGUAACCGCAGCAGCGGCGGGGG